AUGAUUCUUGGAUGGGAUGACUUCAGGAAAUCAUUCAAGGAAGCUAAUCCUGACUACAAGAAGGUUGCCACGGUUGCAAAGGAGGGUGGUGAGAAGUGGAAAGCGCUGAGUGAUGAUGUAAGUAAGAAUUUUAUUAGUGUCAGUUGUGGUGAACUAGUGAGAAGAAGGUAUAUACUGAUAGAGCUUAAAGCAGAGUAUCAAAAGGCAUCAGAGGCUGAAAAUGAGCAAGAUGAUAGUGAUUCAACUGAAAAUGAGGCCAAGGAUGAGUCAAAUGAUUCAUAUGAGAAAGAGAUUAAGGUGGAAAAAGAUGAUAUAACUGAGGAAGAUGUCAAAGAGGAAGAAAUAGAAGAUGAUGAAUAG